UGAACUCCUGAGGAGUCUGUUGUGGCGGCUCCCUGAGGAGGCCCGAGUGCUAGCAGAGUUUCCCGUUGGCUUGUUCUCCUCAGCGGCCAUGAAGCGCAGAGGCCCGGAGGAGGAGGCCUGCGGCGUGUGGCUGGACGCGGCGGCGCUGAAGAGGCGAAAAGCGCAGACACAUUUAACCAAGUCAAGCACCAAAAUGCUAACACUCUUUCCUGAAGAGAGAAAGGCCAAGAUUUCUUUUACUCAAAGAAGUCAUCCACCUGCAGGCACUCGGCAAACCAGCAUUGCUUCCUUCUUCACCUUGCAGCCAGGAAAGACAAAUGGUGGUGACCAGAGGGGUGUUUCAUCUCAUAUAGAAAGUCAGACCUACAAGGAAUCUAAGGAAGAUGCAACCCAGCUACACCAUCUGAUCGAGGGCUUGGGGGAUGAUUGUGUGGCACCCCCUUUAGCCACUUCAACCCCUGCAGACAUCCAGGAAGCUAGACUUUCUCCUCAGUCUCUCCAGGCUUCUUGCCACCGUGAAAUAGGAACCCCAUGCUUGUCUGUGUUGUCUUUGUUCCAGACUGAUACCUUAAUCUGUGCUGGAGAGAGAAAAGCCUCACCUGCCCAUUCCUUCACCCAAGAGCUGGAGAAUUCUUGCUUGCUGGACCAAAAGAAGGGAGAGAAGGAUUCUUCCUGGAAAAGGGAAUGGCUUCAUGGAUCUAAGAAAAAGAACUAUCAGAGUGUGCAGAGACACAGUAAAACACCUGAAAGCAAGGGCUAUCAGCUCUUGGACAAGACUAACUUGGAAGAGGUGUCAGCCAAAGGAAACAGGCAGGCCCCUGCCCUUCAUACAUACAAGGAUUCUUGGAGUGGAGCAAAUACAUCAGUGAAACAAAGCCCUUGUCCUAUUCCUGUGUUUUCCUGGGACAGCGAAAAGAAUGACAAGGACUCCUGGAGUCAGCUUUUCACUGAGGAUUCUCAAGGCCAGCGGGUCAUUGCCCACAACUCUAGAGCUCCUUUCCGAGAUGUAACCAAUGACCAGAAUCAGGGCUUAGGGCAGUUUCCCAACAGCCCUUGGGCUCAGUGCCAGGAUAGGCCCACUCAGUUAAAUCCGCAGCCUGAUUUGCUCUUUACCCAGGACUCUGAAGGUAAUCAAGUUAUCAGGCACCAAGUCUAAAUGUCUUUGUGAGGGUUUGGUUCUAAAAGUACCUUGAAAUGACAUGUGAGAAAGUAUCUUCAGUGAGGUAUGUUUGAAUAGGGGAAUGUAAGGUGAUGUUUUAGAAAGAUCAUUCAGGACAAUAAUCUUGGGUGGGAGGCAGGCAUGGGAUGAAGUUGUUGUUAUUAAGCAUUUUCUUUGUGUAAAUACAGCAGGUGGUGCCACUUGAGAUACUGUGGUUGGCGUUGUGCUGUUCCCCUGAAGAAGUGGCUGGUAAAUUCCCUGCAUGAAUCUAUGGUGAGCAUUGAGAGGGAAGGGCAGGCACUCAUCCCUCCACUAAAGAGCCUGCUACUCAGCCUGCACAGAGCCACUUCUUUGUCCUUUCAGAUGCCUGACUGGCACAUUGCUUCUUAUGGAUGUAUGUUCUUUGAAUCUCUGGUUGUUGUAAUCUUACCCACUCAACCUAAGCGCGGACCAUUACUCCUGACACUGAGUGACAAGGCAGAUCUCCCAGACCCAGGUGUGCAAGGGGCAGGGAGGAUAGAGAGAGGUAGAAUGAUGGUAGUUUUGUUGUUUUAUUUUUGUGAUAACUUUACAGCAUUUUAAAGUUAUAUACUCUGUUUAAAAAUCUCCCUAAAAAGGCUGAACUGUAUAACAAUCUAAAUGUGACUAUAUCACUCUACUACAAGGUGGGAGAGAACCCCUUUGUAAAACUAUGAAGCCAAAUAAAUGA